AUGCGGUGCUUUAACUGUAAAGGAGAACAUCCAGCUAGUUUCCACGGGUGCCCGGAACGCCCCGAAAAUAAGAAAAAGGCCCCAGAUGGGCCUACAGACGAAAGACAGCCCCCAAACCCGAGGACAGUCAACCAAAACAGAGUCAGAAGCGGAACCUCAUACGCGAGAGCCGCAUCAACUAGAGAAAAUUCCUGCAACUCUCCCGAAGGAUCUUUGAAUAAUAAUGAAGAUGAAUGGAGACCUAUUGAAAGAAAUGAAGCUACCAGCAACGAUCAAGAUUUUCGAGAAGGCAGUCAGAAUUCUUUCUACCCUUCAUACUCACCAUAUGAAAAUCAGCCGUUAGGACAUUCUAGGCCCUUUUACUACAAUAAUCAGCAAGAAGCAGCCUAUAGUCAGAGAUCUCAGCCAUAUCAGAAUUCUUUUGAAUCACAAGGAAGAUACAGUGGCUACAAAGGCGACUACACUCCUCAGAAAUCCGAUCAUCUAGGAAUACUGGGCUCAGGGAACUUUGGUGUCAUCCCCGGUGGAACUUUCUACAACGACAACGAUGGGGACCACUCCAACUACGACAGCUACGAUUCCUAUCUCCACAACGGACACGGAAGGCCUUCCUUCUACUCCAACCCCAAACCCUACCCUCAGGAGCAGUUUGCCGACUUUAGAGACUUCGCAGACAUCAACACGCCAUCUGAUCGUCAAUACUCCCAGUAUGUGAUCGUUUACGUUCCCAGCAAAAACGGCACGACAACCGAGAAGACCGAAGUAAUUAGAAAAACACCCAAAAAUAUCAUGGAAAGUUUGACUAUGCUGGAUUUGGAACAACCCACUGACGCAGAUAAUGUUCCCCAGAAAAAGCUCUCUAAGUCAAAGCGGAAACUUGCCUUGCUCAAACCUGAAAAGAAGUACUUGCAAAAGAAGAAGGCUGCUAAAGAUCUGGAAGAGCCACUGUUGGCUCUCAGCUAGUUGGUGAUAAAAAUAUAGUCUGCGUGUAAUUGUACAUGUUUCGAGUAGGUACUGAUAGUUUAAGUUGAAGUGAGAAGUUUGUCAACAAACCGAAGACACUUUGUUUUGAGAUUGCAUUUUUAUUGCACGGUUGAGUGACCAGUGGUCGAAUUUUCGAUUGAUAUUUCGACUGAAAAAAACAAGCCUUUACAUGUUGAUGAAAUCGGCAGUAUUUUUCGACCCUCAUACAAAUGGAAGUCUGUUUCCUUUCAGAUAUAAUAUCCCAAGUAAUUGGGAACAAUUGAUAAAGGAAUUAUUUGUUCAUAGCAGCGUUUUCGAAACAGCAAAAAGGUGUAUCAAAAUAAAUUCAUCCUGUAUGAAAUAAACGACAUUUUCAACCAUGACCAUACCCGCGCAAAUGGAUGCUGAAGAUAUAAUUGUAUAAUUAAACUGACUGGAGAGUAUAAUGUUUUAAUUUUCGUAAUGGAAAAUGAUGAUUCGUAUAAUAAUAUCGAUGAUGGAAUGGAAUGCAGUAAGU